AGGAUAGCUAAAUUCAUGAAGGAUAGGCCUAUCAUUGGCCACUAUAUGAGUUCCAGCUCUUUUUCUCCCCAUGCUUCAGCCAACUCACAACUUUGUUUGUUUCUUCCUUCCAGAUCCCAGAGGCUGCAGUUUGAUGUCUCCUCACCCAAUGGCAUCCUGCUCUUCCGGGAGACGAGUAAAAUGAUAACUACCUAUGGAAAUCGCAUCCUAACCUUGGGGGAGGUUCCGAAGGAUCAAGUGUAUGCCUUGAAGCUCAAAGGGAUUUCCAUCUGCUUCUCUAUGUUAAAAGCUGCCCUGAGCGGCAGCUACGUCAAUUUCGGUGUCUUCCGUCUGUAUGGGGACGACGCACUUGAUAACGCCUUGCAAACCUUCAUCAAACUCCUGCUCUCCAUCCCCCACAGCGACCUUCUGGACUACCCUAAACUCAGCCAGUCCUAUUAUUCAUUACUGGAAGUACUCACCCAGGACCACAUGAAUUUUAUAGCUAGCCUGGAGCCGCACGUAAUCAUGUAUAUUCUUUCUUCCAUUUCGGAAGGUCUCACAGCACUAGACACCAUGGUUUGCACUGGCUGCUGCUCCUGCCUGGACCACAUUGUCACCUAUCUCUUCAAGCAGCUCUCCCGCAGCACCAAAAAGAGGGCUGCCCCCCUGACGCAGGAGAGCGACCGGUUCCUGCACAUCAUGCAGCAGCACCCAGAGAUGAUCCAGCAGAUGCUAUCAACAGUGUUGAAUAUCAUCAUCUUUGAGGACUGCAGGAAUCAGUGGUCCAUGUCUCGGCCUCUGCUUGGUUUGAUACUGCUCAAUGAAAAGUAUUUCUCAGACCUACGGAACAGUAUAGUGAACAGCCAGCCUCCAGAGAAGCAGCAAGCUAUGCACCUCUGCUUUGAAAAUCUCAUGGAAGGCAUAGAGCGUAAUUUGCUCACCAAGAAUCGCGAUAGGUUUACACAGAACCUGUCUGCAUUCCGGCGGGAGGUAAAUGACUCUAUGAAGAACUCCGCCUAUGGGGUAAACAGCAACGACAUGAUGAGCUGACAUCUCGCGAGGAACCUCUCUCUGGCCCGGGCCGGGGAGGUUAACUUUUCCGAUGGAAAGACAAAAGGGCAUUUCUGAUCCCUGCUGGUCCCUGGGGCUAGGCUGCAGGAGGAAGGGGUGUUAUAAAAAAAAAGUUCACCAGGGCAGAGGGGGCUCGUUUCCUUGGGGGCGGAGCAAGGGGGAGACCAGCGUAUUUCCCUGGGUGAAUGUUGGAGAGGAACCCCAGCGUCCUGCCGCAGCCUGCCUUGUAUAAACAUGUACAUUUUUUCAUAACAUUUUGAACAAGGUUUAUAUUGACUCAAGUUUAAAAAAAAAAAGUGUGACUGAAAUUUUUACAGAGUUUAGUGCACCAAUGCUGAAGUGAGGGUUGUAUGUGAGAGAGGAAGCUGUGUCUCCUGGCCGCCUGCCGUGUUCCUGGGCAAGGGGGUGUGAAAGUGCAGAGUUAUAUUUAGUAACCAGUGUAGAGAGAGAGAGGCACAAGAAGUGUAAAAUUCCAAAUGUAUAUUUUUCUUAUACAUCCCUUUUAACUUGCACCAUCCUACCCCAAUCUUCCUUCUCCUCUCCCCACCCCUUCUCGUUAGGAACUCAAAGCCAUGCCAUGCUCCAUGCUGUUCCGUGAGUGUCCAUCCCUUCUGCCCCAUCAAACUGACACAGCUCUCUUCCUGCCUGGUCCCAGCUGGCCAGCCCAAGGAAGCCUGAGCUGCUCUGUCCAUGCCUCGCCUCCCCAGAACAUUGCACCAGGCUUUUCCCCUCCGUGUGUGAACCUCAUUGUUUCUCAGCUGCUGGAAAAUGCAUAGAGAAUCUGCUUCAGGGCCUGAGCUAGUUUCUCUCUUCCCAAAAAGCAGCCUCGGUGAACUGCCUUGCCUUGUAACAGAGCCUGGCCGUGGUCUUCCUGAGGCCAUCUCUGCCGCUUGUCUACACCUGUCUACAGUAGGGACUGUGGGGAGUGGGCACAGGCUUGCUACCAAGGCAGGCCCAGCAUGACAUGCAACUCCCCUUGAGAAAAGUCCAUUCUCCCCCCCCCCCCAAAAAAAAAUGCUGCACCAACAUCAAUGUUUUUCAAUAUUUAAAUUUACUUAAGAGAAAAUAAUGGGGGGAAAUGACCUGUUUGCCUUGUACUUCCCCAUUCUUCUUGCUGCUAGUUCUGUGCCCACCCAAGCCCAGCCCGAACCUGCCCUGGUUUCUCUUCCCAGAUAGCGCCACCUCGGUUUUUAUUCUUUUUUGUUCUUUCUCCUCUGGCGACUGUGUGUUGGGUCCUUUUUGCGUGAGCAGAUUGCUGGAUGACUUGUAAGGGUGUUUGCUGCAUACAGUGUAAGCAUUGUGGCUGCAAAUAAACUUCAGUGGUUUCUACUGAGCUGUGUGGAA